AUGCCCCAUCUCACGAUUGACUGCAUUAAUAGCAGCAGCAGCAGCAGCAGCAGCAGUAGCAGCAGCAGCAGCAGCAGCACCAUCAUCCCCAGCGCCAGUAGCAAUAACAGCAGCAGUAGUAGCAAGGAGCAGCAGCGGCAGGAUCAGCAGCAGCAGCAAGAGCUGCGACAGCCCGCAUACUUGCUGCUUCUGCAGCAGCAGCAGCAGCAUCAGCAACAACCGUUAAUAUCGAUGGCGCUGGGGCUGCCCGCGCUGCGAGAGCGCCGAUGGUCUGUCUUCAGCGCAUCUGCAGUUAAGGGAGAGGGACUCGGAGCAGCAAUGGAUUGGCUGGCGGAGGUUCUCUCGUGA